AUGAAACUGCCUGAUGUUUUAUAUACAUCUGUGAGAUUCAACAAUCUAUUAUUCCUUUUUAAAUUAAAUAAUACAACAAAACUAUUGAAUUUGUUAAAUCAGAUAUCAAGGGAUCGUGAAGUACCCUGUGCAGCAGCUUGUCAUCUCUUGGGAGAUCUUUGCAAUUCUUUUCACCUGGACAAAGAACAGAAAAUAUGCACCAUUGCAAAAUUGGAUCAGUUGGAGGAAGUUAAGGAGGAAGAUCAAGUAUUUGCCUUUGUUGAAAUUGAAGCCUUUACAACACUACCACUGUGCAAGUUUGGAUUCGUUCUAUUGGAAAGCAAGGAAGCAUGCGUUGAUGUCAAUGAAUGUACUCAACAAGAAACUUUGGAUUACUGUGGACCUAAUACCAACUGUGUGAACACUGCUGGUAGUUUCAGAUGUGAAUGCAAGGUUGGGUUUGAAAAAUUAGUCCCUUACGAAGGCUGUUCAGAUAUUAACGAAUGUACAGGCAAUAACUUUGUGCUUUGUGGAAGCAACUAUCAAAAUUGUUAUAACACUCUUGGAAGCUAUUAUUGCACCUGUAUAAUUGGAUGGUAUGAUUGGACUCCAAGUGGAGGUUGCCGUAGAGAUUGCUUGGGUCGGGAAAACUUGGAUACUGAUUGCUGCACCACUGCUAACCCUUGUGACUAUGGGAAGGGAGACUGUGACAGUGACGCGCACUGCAAGGGUAGCCUGAGAUGUAAGCGGCAAAAUUGUCGUGAUUUCUUUUCUGGAGCUGGGCCUGGGAGUGACUGCUGUAUAUAAUGCUGGUCCUGUAGCAGCAUUAUAGUGUUUAAAUUUUGACUUUGUUAGAAUUCAUAGCAUACCAUUUGUAUUUAAAAAAAACUUAUUUCAUACAUUGGAUCGGGUACAGGUUGGUCAAAAGGGUGGGCUGUUUUUCAAAAAAAAAACGUCUAAAGUAGCUUUUUUUUCGUGUGAUUUAAUUGCUAUAUCUUACAUAUAUGUAAAGCCCUUGGGGAAAUAACUUAAAAAGCAUGUGUCACGUCUUUGUUAAUUUGUUGAAAACUAAAUUUUCAUUUUUGAAAUUUUUUUGAAAUUUUUCGUUCUUUUUUAAAAAGCACCUUAACUAUUUCUGUCAAUUCUUGUUUUGGAAAAACGCCCCAUUAUACAGAAAUUUCAAUUAAAAACCCAUCAAUUUUUAAGUUGUCAAUAAACGAAAAGAGCAAUUUAAUGGGACUGUAAUUCAAAUUUUAAGUGACCCUCCAUGCAAAAAUGGU